AUGCCCCCAACAAGGAUAACUAGCUUCAUCACAAGGCCAUCACCGGCCCGCCUCCUCCGGGCCCCUCCCAUUUCCCGCCUCAUCAACACCGUCCAGCCGCCAGGCCCUAACCUGGGCUUCCCCGAGCGCAAGCGUCUCUUCCUUUCCGAGGACGACCCCGACUUCGACCCCUCCACCACCAUCUCCGGGCAAUUCGAAAACAUCCAAGUCACCGAGGAAGAACUCAACAACACGCCGCCACGCCGUCCACAGCGCCCUCCACCAGUCAACACAAUCAAGCUGUAUCACGGCCCGUCCAGCAAAGUCCAAUCCGCCUUUUCAUUCCUCCCUCCCCCGUCCAAUGAUCCUCACCCGACGGCGCAUCCCUCGCCGCAAAUAAAACCCAAUAUACUCGAUCAGACGUCGAAGAUAUUUACGGAGAAAAAACCAGAGACCCUCUUCAGAGUAGCCCGCUUCAAAGACAUCCCCCGCAACAACUACAUCCCCGAGAUCUGUCUCCUCGGCCGCUCCAACGUGGGCAAAUCCACACUCAUUAACGCCCUCUCGGGAGUUGACACCGCGCGCGCAGGCGCUUUACACGGACAACAGGCUAAAUCUCGUGGCCUGGCCAUCGUCAGCAAAUGGAGCGGCAGCACGAAGCUCAUGAGCGGGUACCUGUUCGGCGACGCCGUCAAGGCGCAAAAGCAGAAGUGGAUUGACGAAUUGGACGAGAACAAAGGCGUCGUUUUUACGGGGCUCAAGACACGCAAAGAGAAGAGAGAUGCGGUCAAGAAGUUGGAGAAGAUGCCCGAGCACCGGUUGUGCGUGGUCGAUUUGCCCGGGUACGGAUUGGGCAGCCAGACGGAGUGGGGAAUUGAGAUUGAGAAGUAUCUUUCUAGACGCAAAAUCUUGCAUGGCGCCGUGUUGUUGAUUGAUGCGGUGGUGGGGAUGAAGGAGCUGGAUCGGGCGGUGCUCCAGAUGUUGAGGGAUUGUGGGGUUAGGACGGCAGUCGUGUUGACCAAGGCGGAUAAAUUGAGGAAGUUGCCCAGCCCGGCUGCGGCGGAUCGGCAGAUGAAGGAGGUGUGUUUGAGUGUGUGGCGGGAGUUGAGACGGUUGGAGAGGGGGAGUGAGUGGGUUGAAGGGGGAGAAAAGGGGUGGGAGAGGGAGAUUUGGGUUACCGGGGCGGGUGAUCCGCAGAGUACUGGGUUUGGGGUUGCUGGGGUGAGGUAUUUGAUCAGCCGGAUGGCUGGGGCGGUUGAGGAGGAGAGGAAGUUGACUAUUGUGCCAGGAGCGGCGAAGGUGACGUCGGGGGAGAUUGUUAAGUUUGAUGACAUUCCGUGGGUUCAUUCUCUCGCGCAACGGCCAGCAUCGAGCUGA